AGAGAAAUAGUACGAGAACAUAACGCAAUUGACUCUAACGAUGAUCAACCGAACGUCUUCUGUCUGCGUCUGCAACAUGCGUUAGAGUACGCGCCGACGUUCCGCAUCAACGCUCGGAGACCGAAUCUCACCUCAAGAUAGUUACGACUCUGGCCCUGAGGAGUUACGAGAGAAUUCUUUGCAUGCAGCACGUAUAUGAACGCUGGAUGAAGCCUCUUUGAUGGUGCAAUUGUGAAGAUCUCAAGCAAAUUCAUUCUCAAUCUACAUCUGAACCCAUUGCCAUCGAUCCAACAUGGCCAACAAGCCGACCACCAGAGACCUCUAUCCCACCCCAAAGGUAGCCGCCGAGGUGACGGCCUACUCUGAGCGCAACUCGACCUCGCUGCCACAGUACCUUGUCGACUAUCAUGCCUGGGUCGAGCAAAACCAUCCACACGCGACGUACAUGGUCUCAAACCUGCAGGCGCAGAGCCUCGUCUUCUUCGCCAGGGCCUUUGGCGCCAAGCGGAUCCUCGAGAUUGGCUCGUAUGUCGGCUACUCUGCGCUCGUGUGGGCGCAUGCCGUCGGCCAGGACGGCAAGGUGACGGGCCUUGAGUUCUCGGAGGACUAUGCGAAGAUUGCGAGAGAGGCGUUUGAGAAGCAUGACGCGAAGAAUGUGGAACUCAUUGUGGGAGAUGCGCUCAAAACGCAACCUCAAGAGCCAUACGAUCUCAUCUUCAUCGACGCCCAGAAGUCAGGCUAUCCCGCCUACCUAAGGGACAUCCUCGCCGGCUCCCAGCCGGGCUCGCCCACGCGGCUCCUGCGCCCCGGCGGCAUCAUCAUCGCGGACAAUGUCCUCCGGCGGGGGCUGGUGGCCGACGGGAGCGAGGAGAAUCCCAACUGGCAGCUGCAGCGGCACGUCGUGACGGCGGAGGAGGAUCUCGUGGCGCUGCGGGAGUUUAACGCUGCGCUGGCGGGGGACGAGCGGUUGGAGGCGCUGCUGUUGCCAGUGUUUGAUGGGGUUGGGUUUGCGAGGCUGUUGAAUUGA